GUCAGCUGGCAGCCUGGGCUGUGCUCGCUGCUCCGGACAUAGCGCCGAGAAAAAUGCUGCUCUCCGUACCGCCAAGGGCAGGAAUCAACCCAUACAACGGCUAUAACAGCAGAAACAGCAAAAAGCAGGCCUAUGUGUCCUCCGGCCAACAGAUGGCGCCCCCCAGUCCCAACACCAACAGUAGCAGCAACAGCAGUGGCGUGGGAGGAGAACAGCUGAGUAAAACUAAUCUGUACAUCCGCGGCCUUCAUCCGGGGACCACAGACCAAGACCUGGUCAAACUCUGCCAACCGUAUGGCAAGAUUGUGUCGACCAAGGCCAUUUUGGAUAAAACCACCAACAAAUGUAAAGGUUAUGGCUUUGUGGACUUUGACAGUCCAGCAGCAGCACAGAAAGCUGUUACAGCUCUGAAGUCCACUGGGGUCCAGGCUCAGAUGGCCAAACAACAGGAGCAGGACCCAACCAACCUCUACAUCUCCAACCUGCCAGUGUCUAUGGAUGAGCAAGAGCUGGAGAGCAUGCUCAAGUCCUUCGGCCAAGUCAUCUCCACACGCAUCCUGCGAGAUGCCAACGGGACCAGCCGCGGUGUGGGAUUUGCCAGGAUGGAGUCCACAGAGAAGUGUGAGGCCAUAAUUCAGCAUUUCAAUGGCAAAUUCAUCAAGACUCCACCAGGAGUGCCUGUGCCCACAGAGCCCUUAUUAUGUAAGUUUGCCGACGGAGGUCAGAAGAAGAGGCAGAACCAGGGGAAGUACCUCCAGAAUGGACGGCCCUGGGCUAGAGAAGGAGAGACUGGAGGAAUGACGCUUGCGUAUGACCCCACAGCCUUACAAAAUGGCUUUUACUCCUCACCUUACAGUCUGGCUCCAAACCGAGUGAUCGCCCAGACUUCUCUCUCUCCCUACAUGCAUUCACCCGUCUCAUCCUAUCAGGUACACAGCCCGUCCUGGAUGCACCAUCAGUCAUACCUCAUGCAGCCAGCUGGUACAGUUCUUACCCCAACUAUGGAUCAUGCCAUGUCCAUCCAGCCCACGUCCAUGAUGGGACCUCUCGCCCAGCAGCUAAGCCACCUGUCCCUGGGCAGCACGGGCACAUAUAUUCCGGCCAACACAACUAUGCAGGGGACCUACAUCCCCCAGUACACCCCAGUGCCUCCCUCCAGUGUCCCAGUAGAGGAGAAUGGCGGUCAACAGCAACAGGUUGCCAUGGAGAAUCCCACAGAACACACAAACUACUCGUACCAACACACCAAGUGAAGCUAAGCUCCCAGCAGGGUGGAGCCGAGGGCACGAGAUGAAUCCAACCAAACGGGAUUCAGCUGGAAGAGAACUGUGCUCCAUACCAUCACCAAGCACCCAGACUUGAACAUGGAUGACAAAAGGAACGUGUGUGUGUGCGUGUGCGCGCGCGUGUGUGCGUGUAUGUCUGUUUUUUGUUUUUGUUUUUGUUUUUUUUUAAAGAAAAAGGACAACACUUACUUCAUUGGACUUUUCUGCUCACAAUCCUCAAGAGUUGAACAACCAAAGGUGGGAAUCUUCUUCAAAGAAGCUUUGAUCUAUUUUGAUAACUGAAAAAGGAAUAUAACAAGAAGUUAAAAAAAAAGAAAACAGGAAAAAAACUUAAGAAAGGAGGAAAAGACACAGAGCAUUAUUUUUGUGCACGUAAUAUAACAAAUUCUUAUUUUUAAAACGCAUUCUGGACGUUUCAGAGUGAUUCAAGGAAGAGUUGAAACACAAUGUGUCUUUUAUUGUUUUGUAAAAUAUGCAAACUUUUUUAUUUUUAUUUCCUAAUGUCUGUUGUUUGACAUUCUAUUUGCAGCAGCGGGGCAACAAUUUGUACAGAUUUAAAGAACUUCUAAAAUACUUUUGCUGGUCUGACGUGUCGAGUAACCGCGGGAGGCAAACCGUUUAAAGCUACUUCUUCCUCUAACUGCUGCAGAGAUUUCUAUUCACGCACAGAUGAUAAUAACAUCGACUGUUUUAUAGUUUAGUUAGUUUCAUUUUUUUAAAACCAUUCUUUCAUAAGUGAACAAAAGACAAUCAAUUAUUUCUAUUUAUAUUUGAAUUAUAGUUCUAUUUUUUAGAGUUUUUAGAUCAUUGAAACAUACAUUUAUAGAAAAGAAGUUAUUUAAUACUAUAGUCUAUGAAGACUAGAUUAAAUGGACAUAUUACCCAAAACAUUGUUGUACUCUAAUAUUUGGGAACUGUAGAAUUAUUAGAGCUCAUAAAAAUGGUUUUCUCUUCUUUUUUUUUAUGCUCAAAAAAAGACAUCAAAGCAACACCUGCUCAUACUAAUAAUCGUCCUGUUUAGUUAUAAUGUAACUCCAGGUUACAUCAGUGUCCAUGAGAAGUGGUUUUAAGCGGUUUUGUUGUGUGCAUUUCUUCAGGUAUCAUUAAAACUCAUCCUGCGUCAUGAAGGAUGAAGUGAUAAGUGAACAUGCUUUAGAUCUGAGCUAAUGAAAGAUUAUGUGUACAAAGAACAGUGCAGUUACUAAAUUAAGAUAUAGUUUAGCGAAGCAAUGAGGGAAAUCAAAUGGAAGACUAACAAAUUCCCUGAGAGUAAUUUGUUUGAAAGGAAAGGGAGCUGUAAGUCUUUUCUUUUUUUCAAUGCUGCUGUUGUCACCUGAGUUUGAUUCUCUGUCAUUGAUUUCUAGUUUUUUGUUUGUAGAAAGUGAAAUGUCUUCUGUUGUUUUUUUUUCUUCUUUUUUUGUCUGUCACUUGAAAACCUUUGAGUUUAUUCGCCUUAUUUUUUGAUGAAUUUAUCUUUGAAGUAGAUUAGAUUUUUUAGCUGUAGAAAGAUAGUUUUUCCUAGAGAGUAGAUGAUAGUUUUUUCCUCCGUGUAAGGAUUGAUGCUGUUUUCUUGUGCACAUCGAAGUUUUCUCUAAUUUUUUUCUCACAUGAAUUUCCGUUCCAAACCUUGUGCCGUCUGUCCUGAUAUAUAUUGUGUCGGGCCUGUUUGUAAAAAGCCUUUUUUUUCGGAGUGGAGAGCUGAACCAAACAAUGACUUCAUUUAAGUGCUGAUCCAAAAGAUUCAUACUGACGCUGCAUCAGUGUCGCAGCUCGACGAGGCCUCGUACACACAAGCCCGGGUAUGUUUCAGUCUGUCAGUCAGCAUAUUGAGUGAAGCUCAUGUCAACACACACAGUACAUCCAAAUAUGUUGAACUUUAAUUUAUACAGACAUCAAAAACUGUAGAUAUGUAGAUAAUAGAAACAAUGGUUUUACAAAGGACUGCUCACUUGACCAUGGAAGUGCCAUUAAAGAUGAUUCUUACAGCCUUUAGUGAGACAGCAAGUCUGAAUGAAUUUUUGAGCGAUCCAAAAUUCUGCAAAAACUAUUUUUAGCUAAGCCUUAAUGUUUUUUCUCUGGACGAACUGCCGGAUAUCUCAUAGGAUUGACACUAAGUUGUAUAUAUACUACGUAAAUGGCAACAGGCUUGUUUAAACUUAGUAAUCAUGUCAGUCAUGUAAGUUAGCUGUAGGGUCAUGAAGAGCUUUUCUUCCCGCUCUUCAACCAAGUUCAUGUUUGGAUCCAGUGAAAAAAACAAAAACAAAACACACAGCGUCUUUCUGAAGGCUUGCAGUGGGCACCGUCUGAUGAUUCUAUUUCUAACUCUGUUUUGUCUUUAUAUCUUUUUCUCAUGUCAUCUUUGCUGUGUGUUCAUUUCUGCAACCAAAGAUGUUGUAGCCACCCAUCUUUUAAAGUUCUCUGUCACAGAUACGCUGCUCUCAUCCAUAGACGCUCUUCUUUGGUUUGUAGGAGAAAAACCACAAUAAGGGUGUUUACAUGCGCACAGUAUUCCACAUUAUGACUACAAUUAAGCACAUUUUCAGUUACAAUUAAAGUUAAAAGACAUUUUUUGGAGUAAAUGGUUGAAAAUGUACACGUAUCAAGAUAUUUCAGCUGAUUUUCAAAAGAAGACAUGAUCUGUUUUUGUUUGCGUGUGGUAAGUAAAAAGAAACCCUAUCAGUCUACAACACGUAAUGGAGGGUUGGAGUGCAUGUAAACAGAAUCAUUAUGAACCUUAUUGGCCUCAGCAGGCAUCCAGGAGGAACACAGAGCGCAGCUUUUAUCUUGAGAGCAGCCAGACACGAGAGCUCAUUUUGUAAAUAGCCUUAUUUUUCCUUUCACUUGCUCUUUACAUCAUUUUGUUUCUUUCUUCUCGUGUGUUUUCCUAAUUUUUUUAAAUGAUUUAUAACCUGUCCAGAUAACACACAGUGGCUAGCAAGUUUUCAUAUUCAGUGCACCAUGAAGGAAAAUGUCAUGGAUAUUGUUUAUAUGUUCAGAGAAAUAAUAUUCCAUGUAUUAGCCAUCACUUUUAAUACAAAAAAGAUUUUGGAACUAUGAAAUGACCACUUGUUACAAAGCAGUGUUUAUUUAUUAGAUUUUUUUUUUUACUUGUCAGCAGACAUAAUAUUACAAUUAAACAAUGAUGAUUUUAAAUAAAUUUGCAUCUUAAAACCAUAACUACUUAAGUUACAUGAAAUUGUAAAAAUACUACAGUGUGCUUGAUAGACAGUACACAAUAUUUGAAAGAGAACACAAAUCUCCAUGCACUUAUGUUUAGUCCACACUAAUUUGAAAAUACUUGUCGUACAUCCGUAUGUAGAUUUGACGGCUUAUUUCAUAGCUUCAAAAUGUUUUGCUGCUAAAACAGGACUUCCAAACAGGUGGUUGGAUGUUGCCCAGUCUGGAUUUUAGAAAUGUCUCCUUGAAUUUCAAUUUGGUUGAUAAAGAAUAUCACUUAUUUGUCUGACUUUCAAUAAAAGACACAUUAUGCUAAUAUACAAUAUAAAGUUUACUAUUACUUGCGACUGGACAGUUUAAAUAAUUAUAUUUCACAUUAUUAAACAGAAAUCUUAUCUCAAGGUGACAUUUUUGAACAGAAAAUACUAAAAACAUGUUGGUCAACACUGUAUGAACCAAGUUUUUGUGAUUCACGGACAUUUUGAAAAUCUGACGGGCUUGUCUCACUCUCUGCUUGUGAACAGUUUUCUUAUUUAUACAAGAACUCAUUUUGUACAGUUUUGUUAGAGGAAAGAGGUUUUGAUAUUUGGUUAUUUUGCAAAGCCACUUGGCUACUUUUGUCUUCCUGUGCCAGAGUUGCUAAAUUGUCUGUAACUUGUGUUUUUUUUUUUUAUUGAUUGAGAUAAAAAAAUGUUCCUUCUUUCUCGGCUUUCUCUUUGAAUUUGAAUAUGUCAGUUUUCUUUUUUUAAUAAAAGCCUUGUUUCA